ACACUAUGGCACUUUGAAUUGCCAUUACAACAUAAAAGGACAUGGCAAAUUCCACGAUUUUAGAUUAUUCUUUAAAAUCUGACGAAAUGGAAGUGGUCUAGUACUUUAGUGUAUCCAUCCAUUCUCACUCUAGUAGAAAGACAUAUCUAAGGAUUAUAUUAACAAUGUGACAAGCUACAAUUUGAUAAAGUUUUUUCAUAUAGCCUUUAUAGGCCUAUAUCAAUUUAGACAACAUUCAGUCACUUAUAUAUGGCUGCUAGUCCUAUUAAAGUUUGGAUUCUCCUUCAGUACAUCUGUUAUUUUUACUAUCCCCUUCCCCUCCUAGACGAAGAAGAUGGGAUAGGACUACAUGUAGAUGAUGAGCUACAAAGGUGUCUUCCCCUCAAGAAACGGCAUCCGACUUGCGCUCGAUGCCGCAACCACGGGCUCAUCCUGGACCUCAAAGGCCACAAGAGAUUAUGCGAGUACCGCUACUGCCGGUGUACUCGAUGUAUCGUCGUGAGUCAGCGGCGAGUGGUGAUGGCCAAGCAGGUAGCCCUGAGUCGAGAGCAGGUGAGACAGCACAGGCAAGACCAGGACACCUCUGAACAGCUACGGGAGAGCCAACGCUUUCAUCAUGAUGUACCACUGCCUCCUCCAGUGAUUGAUCUCACCUCCGAAGGACCAAAUUCAGAUGAGAUGGCGUAUCCCGUUGUUCAGCCGUCGCCAGAUUCGACAAAUAUCGGAUACGGCAACAGUCCAUAUUCUUCGUGGGACUCGUCUCAGGCGAACUUAUCACAGCCGACACAAAUGUCGUCGUCGUCAUCUCAGAAUGUUUUUGGACAAGCGUCGCAGUACUAUCCCACAUCCUUCCAGUCGGCUCAGAAACUUGAUUCUCAUCGACCGGGGAUGGUCUUCACAGCGAAUCCCUCGAGUAGGCGGAUAAUGCCAAGUCCUAUUAUGACCUACCAAUCCAGUGACCCGCGGGUUACAAAUCUCAGCGAUCGAAUCCCUGGAGCCUCGCCGGCCUCCCAAGGAAAUUUUGAACAAGCGCCACAUUAUCACUCAGCAUCAUUUCACACCUCUCAGGUCGAUGAAAUGUAUCGACCCCAGGUUUCUCUCAGUGCUUAUCGCACCGUGAGACCAUUAACACCAAGUUCUAUGGUCGCGUCUUACGAAUCCAUGGACCCACCAUCGGGAUAUUUUCCUAGCCGAAUGACUGCAACUUCAGCCAACCUUUCGUCAGCUCAUAGUGUUAUGGGACAAGCGUCACAGUACUGUCCAAGACCAUCAUUCCAUUCAUCUCUGGUAGAUGAAACGUAUCGAUGCCAAGUUUCCGUUACAGCGAAUUACAAGACGGGACCGGUCUUCCAAAAUCCCAUGAUGGACACAGAGUCGGCAUAUCGUGACAGUUACAUGUCGGCAAACCCGCAGAUGAAUUCCACUGCCGCCCCGCGGAUCAGUUCCAUGCCCAACACUUUUUUUCGUGCCGGAGAAACAGUACAAAGCAUGUGCUACUGUAACGUCCCAGACCAGGCUCAAUUUCAUCCCCAAGUGUCCACCUUUCCAAGUUCGUUAAGAGUAUCACCUUUCGAUGAGCAAGCGACACCAAUGUCCUCGUUACCUCCAAGCGUCGUGACGGCGGCGCAGCGAUCUUAUAUCAAUACAGAUCGACAUCCAUCGCCAAGAGUUACGUCAACAGCUGCGUAUACAUUUCACACAAUAGACGAGCCUCCCUUCUAUUCGCAGAAUGACAUUCCCUACCAAGACGACGAGCCUGCAUUCCGGUCACAAAGAGCCACAACAUCAGAACAAUCGCAAGACAUGCCCCUAGAUCACUCGGACGACUUUUCCUGGAGUCCGCAAGCGGUAACCGCGACAAAAAGCCCAGAAGCUGUCUCGUCGGAUCACUCUCCUGAACCGUCCUAUAAAUCUCGUCGUCCUUUUCCUCUUAGAAUCACCAUCCCGUCUCUACAGACGAAUGAGAGUAGCUUCACCGACAUCCGAUCUCCAAUCGACCCAUCUCCUACUUUCUCACCAUUCAGCUUAAGCCUCCUGGCAAACACGACCCUGCCGACAAGUGAUAUUCCUUCUCCUGGAUUCUUUACUUCUUCUCUCCCUUCCUUCAACUACCCCUCUCCGACGUUGCCCACUCAGAGCUCUCCCGUCUUUAGCUAUCCGUCUCCAUACACCAACCCUUCCAAGUACGCAGGAGUACCUUCCUUCCAGAGCCUUGCGGACUCGCUUUUGCCUGUGAUGCAAACCAGCCAAGUGACAUCAAACUUCGCGGAGCAGGUUCGGAUCCCGCCAAAAUAUGACGAAGACCUUGAUGACGAUCGGGAGGGUGACGAAAUUGAUGUUUGUUCUUUAGGCCACUAUGCCAGUGAUAAUUUUUAACGUUUUCAAGACCUCGUAAUCCCAUUUGUCAGCUUGUCAACAAAUACAAUUUGAUUUACUUUGAAAGAACUUUGCAUAAUAAUAAUAAUGAUAAUUUUAAUGUGAGUAAAUAAAAAUGAAUGCAAUUUAACAUAUUCAAAUUCCUUGCGGUAUAAGUUCUGCUCUCGAACUCGAUGAUUCCGUAAUGUUAACAGGAAGAUUGGACAAAACAUAAAUAUACCCGACGGCGUGCAAGAACAAAUAUAUUUAGUAUGAUUAGCUUUUAUUUUCAUUUAUUUUUUUGAUACCUAUGUCUUCAUAUUAAAAGGUAGUAGAUGUUUGCUGAUCUUUUUCCCCUUUUAAGAUUUUAAGAUUCGUAUUCCCUUUUAAUGAAUAUGAUAACCCGGUGCGUGAAUUGCCAAUAGUUUUUUGUUUUUCGUGUACCAACAGAUAGGUCUUUGUGUGCAUAUAAUUCGAUCUUAAUUAAAUCAGGAUGAAUAAUGAGAUUCGAUAUCAUACAUUUAUGACUUUUUGUGCGUCACUUCUUUUGAAUUAAAAAAUCAAAGAGUUUAAAAUGUCGGAACAGCAACAAAUUAUGUCAAUCCGCAAGACAAAUUACCAAUCGACACUUCGUUCUUGUUGGAUGAUUCAUGAAAGAUUCUCAUUACGUAGUUGAAAUUAAAUGCAGUUUUUAUGAAGUUAACAUCCGUAUCAAAGCGAGUCACGUGAAAAGAAACAAAACAACACUUUUAUUGUUAGAUACAAUGUAUUUUAGCAUAAUUUUCACUCAAGUUGCUCUUUAAUUAAAUGGGUUUAAACAAAUCUCGGCAUGGACGACUUGAUCUUUGAGGGCGCAAUGCUUUUAACUUGACAAUGUACUUUGGAUGUUAAUUGAUUUUAAAAGCAGUUUCAAUUGCUCUUUUUUUCUCUUUCUCUUUUUCUCUAUUUCUGCCCAUCUCUAUUUACGUUAUAUGUCCUUUUUUUUCUUUUCACUUUAUCUUGCAUUUUCUCUAUUGAUUUCUUUCCAAUAUUUUUGACUUUUUUUAAACUUUCUAUCAUAGAUGAGAUCGAACAAACUUUGAUACAUACAUGUAUAUCUUGUAAAAACACUGUUUUUCCGAUUCCUACAUUGCUUCAUCAAGCCGAAAUCAAGCAUCGGAUUACAAUAAAUAAAACUAUUUCACUCUUAUUUGCAAAUUGCAAUGUUUGUCAGGUUAUAAGCUGUGUACAGACUAACCCAAACAAUAAAACUAGAUGUAUAAUUUAUCUCACAUGC